GUAGAGUCCCACCAUCCGAGAACGCAGCACCGUCGUCUAAUCAUGUGGUUACUAGGCAACAGCUACAGAGUUUUGUUUGGGUUUCCUGCCGCCUAUAGUUUCUAAGAGUUGAAAUGUUAGGGUUAGCAGUGGGUGCACGGGUCUGACCAUUCUCUCUGCAGAAAUAGGUCGGGGUUUUGUCCUAAUGCGAUGUCGUCAUUUUAUCCUUUUAUCUUUUUUAUCGUCUGUUUCAUUUCUUACUUCGCUCAGAUGUUGGAGAGUGACAGGCUUCUCAGCGAUACCGCACUUUAACCCGGAGAGAAAUAUACUUAUUAAUAUCCGGGAUGGACGCUGUUCUGCUGGACCAGACCCGUGCUCCGGUUGCCUUUGGCCGUCGAGCUGUUCCGCAGCUGUUCGAGCAGCUGCAGCGGCCUGAGAGCGAUAGUAGGCGGCGCGCUUUGGCUUCACUCUGCGACCUGAUGCACGAGCCGGAGCGGAUCUACCAGACCGUUAACGGAGGUUUUCUUGAGCAAUUGAAGGGUUUGUUGAAGGACAAAGAUCCAACAGUUAGAAAACAAACGUGCGAGCUGCUGCACCUGCUCAGCGGCCACAACAUUGGCAGACAGGCACUGCUCUCCUCCUCUCUCCUCCCCCCUCUGUCAGAGCUGCUGGACGACGACUCAUCGUCCUGCAGGAGAAACGUCCACCAGGUGUUGAACCGCCUCGCUCUGCUGCCUGCAGGUGCAGAUGCUCUCCUGUGUCUGGUUCCUAAACUAAUGAUGAAGCUCAAAGAGGAGGAAGAGGAGGAGGAGGAGGAGGUGCAGGUGCUACUCCUCUCCACCCUCAGCUGCUGCUCCUCUCUGGAUGCUCUUCCUGCUCUGGCCCUUGAUGCUGUGUCACUUGUGAGACACAAACUCUCGCACGGUUCCCCGAACGUGCGCAGAGAGGCUGCUGCAGCCAUGAUGGCGCUCAGCGUUCCUGAGGACGGGAAGCGGCGGGUGUGUGAGGAGGCCGUACUUCCUGUCAUGGUUGGUCUGCUGCAGGACACAGAUGUCAAGGUUCAGGCCAACGCUGCAGGAGUCAUCAUGUACACCGCCAUCACCACUCCAGGUAAACUGCAGUGUCUCGAUCUGGACGUCGUCCCCAUUCUCCUUGACCUUGUGUCCAAGAAGAAAGAGGAAGAGGAAGAUGACAACAUGGAGAGGAGGAGGAGGAUGAAGGCCCUCAUCAUGUACUCAUUGCGAGCUCUGACCGCUCUGGCUGAAGCUCCAAACGGCCGUUGCCUUCUGCUGGAGCAGCUCCCUCUACUGGAGAGGAGGAGUGAGGCAGCAGAGGAGGACGAGGACAUCCGGCGGGCUGCUCAGACUGCUGUCAGGGUCAUUACCUGGACACCGUGAGACAAGACAAUGACAUGACGUUAUAUUCAAAACCAUAUAUCCAUGUCUGAGACUGAGAUCAUCAAAAAGUGACACCCAUUAUGUAAUUCUGUUUAGAUUCUAAAAAAUAUACUACCCAUCAGAGGUUGCGCUAGACUUUUUCGUUGUCUGUCAUUUUGACUGACAGGGUCAUAAAAAUCCCGUCAUAAUCAAUUUUUACCGGUCACUUUAAAUGAUAAUAAUGACAUAUUCAAUUGCAUUGUUCAUAUUGCAGUGGAAUAUGAACAGUUCACCUGUGGCCUAAACGCACAGUCUCACACCUUCCUCCUGGUCCACAUGGACUUAAAUCGCGUGCCUGCUUGCGUGUAGUUGCGCGUGGUAGGAAAUCCCGCAACAUGCGCUCCUUCUGCACCAGUGGAUCAGCUGCACCGGUCACAGACGCGCUCCAAAGCCUCCUGUCCAUAGCUCUUUAACACGCUGUCAGCACUACAAGGAUAGCGAGAUGCAUUGAGUACGGUGUCCAGGUCAGAAAUUAUGCUCAGAUUCUCCGAUGGGAAUCUUUAUUUUGUCGCACAACAUUUUUCUAUCCGCCC